AUGUCAAAUAGAAACAGGAACCAGCGUGGCAACUUCGCAGGCAAAAACAACCAGCAGCGCGCCAAUUCUGGUGGCGGUGGUGGCCCAAAUAACAACAACCGUGGUAAUGGCCAAUACUACUGCGCAAAUCACGGGCAUAACUCUAGUCAUGUCACCGCCGACUGCAGUCAAGGUUCGAACAAGAAGAAUUACAACAACAACAACAGCAAUAACAAUAACAACAAGAACAAGAACGCGAACGCGAACGCGAACGGGAACCGCAAUAACAACAAUAAUCAGCCUCAAGGUCAGAAGGUGACUUGCGCAAAUUGCGGCAAAAAUGGUCACGUUGCCGAGAAUUGCCGCGCCAAUCCAUCACGACAGCAGCAGCAGAAGCCGCCAUUCCAUCACGUACAGCAGUUUUUGCAGCCUGACACCAUCUCUCCGCCUCCUUACAAUGUUAAUGAUGAGCGCAAUGCCAAGGCUAAUAAUUCAAAUGGCCAUCACACUGCAUCGGUCCUCAACGCAGCCCAGAACUAUUGCCCGUCAUGCAACGAGCAAGGACACAAUCCCACCAAUUGUAAUAAUGUCACUGCCAUACACGAAGCUUUUCACUCACGGUUAUACUGCCUCGCAUGCCGCACCAAGGGGCACCUGGCCGCCGAUUGCAACAACCCGCUGUCUACGCAAUGCACGAGAUGUUACCGCAAAAAUCACAACUCUCCAGAUUGCACGCUAUCCCCAGAUCGAGACGCACAGAUCAGACGUGACAUGGCCGCCUCCAUGGCGAAUCGGCGUUACAUUUGGAACAACCCUUCCUUUGAACAUCAUCAUAGUCAACGUGCAGAAAUGGCGUACGAAGAAGCCAAGAAGAAUGCAGCUUUGAAUGGUGUUGCACUCUCCCAAGAGGAUCGUGUGAGGUAUGAAAAAAAUAUCUAUUUGAGUAAACAGAUAUUUGGCCCCGAUUCCUUCACUGCGACAGCGGCACAUCUCGGCGCUAAUAUGCAACUCGAUGUGGAUUUUACCCCAAAACCAGAUAUUCCCGCCCCGUAUGAGCAUCGUGUGCCGCAGCAGCAGCAAGGCUUUAAUCCACCGCAGCAUGGUUYCAAGCCAUCAACAAGACCAAACGUUACCACCAGAAGCAAUCACGCUGCUAACAACAAUGCCGUUGCCGCCGCCAAGCAAGCCAAGUAUAACGAGCAGAAAGCGGAGCUCGAUCAAUUACGAAGGAACGGGGUGAAUCUUGAAUACAUCAAGAUGUUAGAACACGUGUUACAUUCCGAAAAUCUCAAGGAACAAACAGAAAUCGACAAGGAAGUCACCAAAAAAAUCAAUUCGGCCCUCGGAUACCACGUCACAUUAGCCAACGACUGGCUACGUCAAAACGAGGGACUCAUCUGCACAAAAGCAGAAAUUCCACAGUCGAGAAUGGACGAGAUCAAAUACUUCAUGUUGCGAGGAGGCUCCUUCUACAGAGAUCCCAGAGCCAUGAAAGCUCUCUUCGAACGUGAACUUCCUCGCUGCUUUACUUGCUCCCAAAAUGGUACGAUUAUUGAUAGAUGGUUCAACAUUAUCCCCCCGACGAUGCCCAAGACAGAAAUGUUGAAGCUCUACGAUGGUGUAGAUUGGGGCAUUUUCGUGGCUUUUGAGUGCAGAUGCGUAAGACAAGCUGGUUAUGGAUAUUUUCCCACGUCGACGGUGCUUUGUGAGCACCUUCCUGAGGAAGAGAGAUAG